UCUCUCUCUCUCUCUCUCUCUCUCUCUCUGUGGGUCCUCCUCCUCCGUUCAACAAUGGCGGAGCAGACUGAGAGGGCAUUCCUUAAGCAGCCAAAGGUUUUCCUUUGCUCAAAGAAAUCUGGUAAGGGAAAGAGACCCGGUAAGGGUGGGAACCGCUUCUGGAAGAACAUUGGUCUUGGAUUCAAGACUCCUAGGGAAGCUAUUGAAGGAACAUACAUUGAUAAGAAGUGCCCAUUCACUGGCAAUGUAUCCAUUAGGGGUCGCAUAUUAGCUGGCACAUGCCAUAGUGCCAAGAUGAACAGAACUAUCAUUGUCCGUAGAAAUUACCUCCACUAUGUGAGGAAGUAUCAGAGGUAUGAGAAGAGGCAUUCCAAUAUUGCAGCACACAUAUCCCCAUGCUUCCGUGUGAAGGAAGGAGACCAUGUUAUCAUUGGCCAGUGCAGGCCAUUGUCCAAGACUGUGAGGUUCAAUGUUCUGAAAGUCAUUCCAGCUGGAUCAAAAGGGGGUGGGAAGAAGGCCUUUGCUGCAGUCUGAAGUUUUUAACAUCAUUUUCUUACAGAUUGCGUUUCGUUAACGUAGAUUCAAUUUUGAGUUGAGCUCUUUGAAUGAACUAAUGCCAUUUGAACAUCUCUUUUCUUUCUUUAAAAACUCACUCUAAAGCUAGUUGUGUGUUUCCCAUUCCGGAUGAUGAAACUAAUACUGUUUGAACAGUAAACUUUUUGGAUUUCCACCCAGUAUAAAUUCUACUUAUGAAGUGAUAUAAGCAAGCUUUUUCCUGA